AUUUCCUACUUUCGUUUUAGAUUUAUGUUAUUAAGACAUUGCCUGCUUUCGUUUCAAAUAAUGUAAACACAAACAACAAACAACAUUACAAAUAUGAGCACCUCCGAUUCUGAUGCAAGUGACAGUGAUUUGGGGGAUUUAUUUGAAUCUGCAUUUGCAACUGGAAGGGGUACAACAGUUAUAGAAAAUGGCGGGAAAGUUACUGUCAUAAAAGGUAUGCACGUUUUUGGUGACCCGGAAGUAGCGUAUGAUUAUCCGUUUUCUGCAAAAAAUCCCGCUACAACGAACUCUUAUUUCAUCACGACAGGAAGUGACGUAGAUUUCGCCAUUCCCGGUAUGGCGGGUAUCCGUAUUAGUAACCGUGUGAACGCAGCAUCCGGGAUCAGUCGACAUUUGACCGGAAGUUUCCCUGGCAUCAAUAUUGGCGACGGCAGUUACGUGGCGACCGGAAGUGGUGAGCGACACGGCCGCCGCAAGCACCGGAAGCACAAAUCUCACAGACGACAUUCACCACGUGAGCCCCGCUCACUCACAGUAUCUACAGAGCCACCGUCCACUAGCGACCUGGACCACGUGUGCAAGAACAUCGGGCGACGCUGGAAGAAGUUAGGGUCCGCGCUCGGCAUUUCCGGCGGGCGGCUGGAGGGAAUCGAAUACGACUAUCGGACGGACGGACAGUACGAGAUGUGCUGGCAGGUGCUGCAGAAAUGGCAGCGGUCGGUGGGUAGCGACGCUACGGUGCGAUUGCUUGCGCGAACGCUCGACGAAAUCGGUGAAAACGAACUGGCGUCCGAGUUACCCGUGUAAUGAAAGUAAAGUUGUCCAUGCUAAAAAAUAUGCAGUAUGAUUUUCUAGUUCAGAGUAAAAUUAUCUCUGCAGUAAGGGUCCCGUUUAAAGUCUCUUUAAUAUAAGUCUACAUUUUAGAAUAAGACUGAACUCACUCACGACCUGUAUCUGCAUAUCUGAACAUGCCAGUCUAUAAUCAUCGUCCAAAGCCACGUAGUCUCUUCCGUUACCUCAUUUACCUGGAAAUAACCUACCGGUGUAUAAGGGAACGUGGUUUCCACAAUUGUCUAACGUCGGAUGUAAACUAAAUUGAGAAAUAUUUUCCUGUUAAACUAGAAUUUAACUAGAUAUUUCAGACACACCAAUGUUAUGCGUUCACAAAAAAAAUGGUAAUGAUGAAUCGUUAAAACUUUCGCGAAGUACCAUAUAUCACUGCGCAAAUUAUCAAUGCUGGAAAGAAAUGCAUUAAAAACCAGUUGCUGACAGCCGUUUACUCGAGAAAACUUUUAUUAAUCAUGUGAGUCAUUUAAACUUGUUUCUUUUUAACAGCACACAUUUCCUCCUUUGCUCUCCCUUCUUUCUUUAUAAAAAAUAUAUGCCUUUAAUUCUUCUGCGGGAAUCGUUGUUGGAAUGAUAUGAUUUAAGAUUGUUUGUCUUUUUUGAUUUUUUUUAACCAGUCGGUCAUUUAAAUACUAAACUUACAAACAAAAUAAUAUUUUUUGUUUAAAUACGAUUGAGACCAAAGAUCGUUCGCAAAUGCUUUGAACAACGUGCUUCCUCCGUUAUAAAGACGAUGUAUUUGCCUCGAAAUACAUCUAUGUUGGAUAAUGCGUAUUGCCUUUUAUUUCUAUUGCUAGUAUGUAUUAAUGAAUUUAUUAUUAGGGCACUUAAUCCCAGAACGAUUUACAUGAAUUGGUAAACAUGCAAUUGUUUUUGUUUUGUUGUUAACACUUUCUUCUAUUUAUUGUUAUUGAAGCAUUUUAUUCAG